AUGGAGGAGGGCUCCAGCUCGCCCGUGUCCCCCGUGGACAGCCUGGGUACCAGUGAGGAGGAGCUCGAGCGGCAGCCCAAGCGCUUCGGCCGGAAACGGCGCUACAGCAAGAAGUCUAGCGAAGAUGGCAGCCCGACCCCCGGCAAGCGCGGCAAGAAGGGCAGCCCGAGCGCGCAGUCCUUCGAGGAGCUGCAGAGCCAGCGCAUCCUGGCCAACGUGCGCGAGCGCCAGCGCACCCAGUCGCUCAACGAGGCCUUCGCCGCGCUGCGCAAGAUCAUCCCCACGCUGCCCUCGGACAAGCUCAGCAAGAUCCAGACGCUCAAGCUGGCCGCCAGGUACAUAGACUUCCUCUACCAGGUCCUGCAGAGCGACGAGAUGGACAAUAAGAUGACCAGCUGCAGCUACGUGGCCCAUGAGCGCCUCAGCUACGCCUUCUCCGUGUGGCGCAUGGAGGGCGCGUGGUCCAUGUCCGCCUCCCACUAGCGCCGCGCCACCCACGUCCGGACCGGCGCGCCAGGACUCUUGCGGGGCUGAGUACAACUGGCAUCGGGGAACGUCCGAGUCUGCAGCGUCUGAAACCCAGCGACCUCCAGGAAGCCCCCCCACCGCAUCACCUC